AUGCAUUUAAAUAAUUAUCAUGUCUUCUAUCAGGAAGGUACAAAUGCCUUUGGUGGAGUAUUAAUUGCUGCACAUCGUUCUAUUCCUGCACAACGGGUGCUUAAAUUUCAAAAUGAUUCUAAUCUUAUUGUUCUUGAUAUAGGAAGCUCUCCAAAUAAAUUUCAAUUAGUAACUUAUUACUCUCCACCUAAUGAACCAUUACCAGUUAGUCUUCUUAGUGACAUAAUGUGUCGUAAUUCCAAUACCAUUCUACUUGGUGAUUUAAAUGCUAAACAUAAUUCCUGGUCUAAUACACCAUUAAAUCAGAAGGGAAGGAUACUAUUCGAAUGGUUAAAUGAUAAUGAUUUACAAGUUGUGAAUAAAUUCGUCCCUACUUCAACACGUUCAAAUGCAGUGAUUGACCUUAUUCUAGCACCUAUGAGCAUGUUAGCUGGUUCUUGUACUGUACUCCCUUCUAUUGGAAGCGACCACUAUCCUGUUAUUUGGUCAUCGACACUCACAGUUACAUCAAAAGAACGCUUCUUCCCAAUUAAACGAACAUACUGGUUAUUAUAUGAAUUAUUUAUUACACACACAUCUUCCUUUUGGAAUGAUUUAUGUGAAAUCAUGACAGACAAGAUGGAAUUUCAAACAAAAUAA